AUGCCUCACCGUUUCCAGCCACUCAUCCAGCGACUGCGCAAACAAACAGCUUCUUUGACACAUACCGGAGGCAUAGAGAUCGAAGGGGAGGACAGUCGCCUACUCUCCACGGAUGAUCGAGCCCCCAACGAUGAGAUGCCCUGUCUUAUACGCGGAUUUCCAUCUCCCCCGGGCAGGCCAAAUGACCAGACCAAACAAGAUAGAUUUGUCCGGAUAGAUGGUGGUGGCCAUGGACAUUAUCUAAGCCCCCGGAAGUUGAGAACGCACCUUUGCCCAAACACCCGUCUUUUCCACUGGAUAGGACUUGGAGGCAAGGGCAAGCGUUUGAACGGCUCCAGAGCGCUACAGACCGAAUGGGAACAGUGGACCGAGAGCGGUAAGAUGGCCGCCGUCACCCAGAAAUACGGGGAGAUCGAGACUGUUGCUGGGCUUGGGACCCAUGCGCUUGUAUUGUUGUCGCAUAAAGUACAGGCCUGCAAUCCCCAUCUAGAUCAGUACUAUGCUGUGAAGAUCUUCCGUCGCGGAUCCAAACAAACCGGGCUCGACUAUCAGAGGCGAGUGAGCUCAGAAUACUCCAUCACAUCAUCCUUGCACCAUCGGAAUGUUAUCGAGACCUUCGAGCUCCCCCCCCUGGGUUACGACGAUCUUUGCGAGUGUAUGGAGUACUGCUCCGGUGGAGAUUUACAUUCACUUAUUGUUGCGUCACGACGGCUGUGCGAAGAGGAGGCAGACUGUUUCAUGAAGCAGCUGAUGCGCGGGAUCCUCUAUCUCCAUGAGAUGGGGAUUGCUCACCGUGAUUUGAAGCCGGAAAACCUUCUCCUUACGGGCCGCGGUUGCCUUAAAAUCUCCGAUUUUGGCAACGCAGAGUGCUUCCGCCUCGCCUGGGAAGACCAAGUUCACCUGUCUACCACUCGCUGUGGCUCAGCGCCGUAUAUCUCCCCGGAGCAGUAUCUCCCGCAGCCUCUUGAUCCCAGACUUGCUGACGUUUGGGCCGCCGCUCUUGUUUAUAUCGCCAUGAGAGCUGGGAGAAACCCGUGGAAGUCGGCAACCGUCAAGGAUGAAUGCUUUCGAGACUACAUGGAAGAUUGCAAAGUUGGCCGACAUUAUUUUCUUAUCAAGGACAUAUCCCAUGGACAAAGCCGUGGAGUUCUGAACUCCAUGCUCAGCAUCGAUCCCGCGCAUCGGCCAGGAGCGGCCGAGGUCCUCUCUUCUCAGUGGCACCAGGCGAUCCGUUGUUGUCAGGCUCCCAACUCCGAACCUCCUUCUUGA